AUGCGGCGCCGCCGAGCCCGACCGGCCUACGCCGGCGUCGGCGUCGCGGGCGCGGGCGCGUCGUCUGCGGCGGCGGGUGGCCUCCUCCCCGCGUCGUCGUACGCGGGCCACGUGUACGCGCCCGUGCCCGCGCCGUUCCCCAUCGCCUCGCACAGCUCCAGCGGGCUGCAGUACUACGCGCCCCACCCCCACGAGGGAACAGCGGCGGUGUCGGCGGGGGCGGGGGCGGCGACGACGGCGACGGGCGAGGCCAGCAGCGCGGGCGUCGUGCUGGCCCCGCGCGCGCGCUACGCCACGCACCAGGCGGCCGAGCAGCCCGGCGGCGCCGGCCGCGACGACCUGAUCGACAUGCUCAACUGGAGGAGGGGCACCCAUGGCACCACGGCCUCGGCGGCCGCCACCACCGCGUCGCCAGCCAGCACCACCACCACGCUCACCACCUCCUGCGCCGGCGCCGGUGCCGACGGCGGCAGCAGCAACAACGACGCCGGGGGGGAGCUCGACCUCAACCUCAGCCUCUAG